CCAUUUGAGUUUGCCAAACCAUUUAUAUUUAUGGCUGUGACCAUACAAGCAUUACUCAACCGACCCACAUAUACAUUUUUGGUUAAAUGUUUGGUUUUCUCAUUUACCACCUUUUUAAUGUUAUGUACUAAACCUGUUUUGAAUAAAUGCUUACUAGCUUAAGUAGAGUUUGUACUUUGUAUUCAAAUUUCACAAACACAUUUGUGUGGAAAAAGAAAGAGAAAUCAUAUACUGUUUUCCCAACCUAGAUUUUCUUCUUGUUUCUGAUUAAGAUGAAGCAUAAUCGGAAUCUUGAUAAAAUGGGGAAUUGGAACAAAACACAAAUGUCUUCUUCAAGUGGUAAUCAACUUUAUUCUCCGAGUCCUAAUCAAUCAUAUGGCAGAAAUUUGUCUAAAGAACAACUUGGUGGUGUUAUAUUUGGAACCAAGAACUCUACCAUUAAUGAGUGUUUAACCAAACAACUCUUUGGCUUGCCUGCUCAACAUUUUGCUUAUGUGAAGAAUAUUUGCCCUGGUUUGCCUCUAUUUUUGUUUAACUAUACUGAUAGAACACUUCAAGGAAUUUUUGAGGCGGCUGGUCCCGGAAGAAUGUUCAUAGAUCAGUAUGGAUGGAGUGCUGACAGUUCGGAAGUGACACGGUUUCCAGCCCAGGUGCAAAUCCGAGUUCAAUCACAUUGCCGGCCAAUGUCUGAAGAUAAAUUUAAACAUAUAAUUGCUGAUAACUACUACCAUCUUAAACAUUUCUGGUUUGAACUUGACCACGGACAAACAAACCAAUUGAUUGCUUUGCUAAAACACUUGGAAAUUAUCCCUGCUAAUUCUGUCCCACAGAAUACUAAUCGGGUAACUGCUUCCCGACCUCUUCCACAGCAUUGUCCUACUUCAAAAGUGAAAACAUUUCAAAUGCCUGAAUCAGAGUUAGAGGAGUAUCAUUCUACCCGAUCAAGUAUGAAAUCAGGUUCCAACAAGAGUGAUUUGUUUGAUGAGUGCUUUCAGCCAUUGGAUCCAUCUUGGGAAAACAGUGUUUGCGGUACUUCUUAUGCAAAUGAGAAUUGGUCUGAGGGAAAGCAUUCAGAGAAAGAGGAGAGUCCGAGUUCUUCAUUAGAGAAGUGGGAGAAUCCUAGUUCUCCAUUCGAGAAGUGGGAGAAUCCCAGUUCUCCACUCGAGGAGGAGAAUACCAAUUCUUCAUUUGAAAGAGACGAGAAUACCAGUUCGCCAUUAGAACAUCAAUACAACAUAGCUCAGUUCGUGCAAGAGCUGACAGAUUUCAAAAAAACUCAAGCUGAAAGGAAUAACUACUUGGAGCAGAAGCUGAUAACGGCAGAAUUGAAAAUUCAACUUCUAAAAGAUCGUUGUACCCUGUUGGAAUCUACAAGAAAGGCCAUGAGGAUAGCUGUUAAAGGACAAAUAGAUUGAGAUGUAUCUGUUACUUGUAUAGCAAGUAACUAUGUGUAAUUGAUCUAGCUUAACAAUUAUAGUUGAGUUAGAGUUGUGAUUCUACACUCUAUAUAUAGCUAUAGUAAUCCAUUGUAUCAGUUACACUUUCCAAUAAUAAAUUUUCCUUUUCUCAUUUUC